AUCCACGACAAUUGCAGUCCACCCAACGACAAACAAGAUGCCUCCUAAGACCAAGAAAGCUGUUCCCGCCCAGGAGAACGUCUCUCUCGGCCCCUUGGCCGGAGAUGGCAAACUCGUUUUCGGUGUUGCUCGUAUCUUCGCCUCUUUCAACGAUACCUUCGUCCACGUUACCGAUCUUUCUGGUCGCGAAACCAUCUGCCGUGUCACCGGUGGUAUGAAGGUCAAGGCUGACCGUGACGAGUCCUCCCCUUACGCUGCUAUGCUUGCUGCCCAGGACGUUGCUGCUCGCUGCAAGGAAUUGGGCAUCAACGCUCUUCACAUCAAGAUCCGUGCUACCGGUGGUAACGGUACCAAGACCCCGGGUCCCGGUGCCCAGUCCGCUCUCCGUGCCUUGGCCCGUUCCGGCAUGAAGAUUGGCCGUAUUGAGGACGUUACUCCUACUCCUUCCGACUCUACUCGUCGCAAGGGUGGUCGCCGUGGUCGUCGUCUGUAAACAACAAAAUGUUUACAGCUACGUGCGCGGGGUUUUAUCUUCUCUCUCUUCUCCGAUAUACAUAUGCGGGUAUCUGGAUAUAGCUAUAGUUGGGUUUGUGAGAAGGAUAUGUACCUUGUGCGGUCUAAAGCAAUUGUGGAUGGAAUAAACGCGAAGAACGGCAGUCUCACGCCUGGUCUUCACAUUCUCCCAAAAAAAAUUAGAAGGUAGUCUUCUUGAAAUCACAUGAUGUCGU